AACAGGAAGAUAAAAUAUUAAGUACGCACAUAAAUCAGUAUCCUGAUAUACUUAGUGUAGCGACAACACGCGAAAUGGAAAUGUCCCGAACAAUGAAGAUGCUAUUUUUGGUAUUUGGUUUAAUCCAAAUAUCCUAUGGAGGAUUAUUCGAUGAUGAUUGCAGUUUGGAUGGCGUCGAUGUAGGAAUAUUUGGAGAAUUCAAGAACGAAGCAAUUAAAGACAAACACACUGGAAUCGUUAAAGAGUUUACAAAAGGCGGUAUUACAGAUGUUCAUACGACAGACAGCAAGUAUUUGAAAGCAAGAAUCGAUGGAGACAAAAUUAUAGUCGAGACAACUCAACGUUAUUCCGAUAUUGAGUAUGAAUUGGAAAGCACAAAUUCGCCAAAAAUUAGAACGACAAUAAAACUUACUUGUGAAAAUGGAACUUCCAGUUUUACAUUCUCCCAACCAAUCAUCGACGAAAACAACAAUACACCGUUCUUCAAUAGGAAAGUGUACCGAUACAGGUUUGGAAUGGAGGUAAAUAAAGAUUUUGUGCUCACCGAGUUACUGUCCAUAUAUGCGACAGAUAUUGAUUUAAGUCACAAAGACUUGGUUGUCACAAUUGAAGACAACGAUUAUCUUGAAAUCAAGCCACUCAACAAAUGGGAUUCGAUGCAAAAAACAACGCACUAUCAACUCGUCGCCAAGAAACAUUUGAGUAAAAUGGAUAAGACAUUCGAAAUUAUCGUUUCUGACACCGAGAAUACUUCCAAAGCUUCAAUCAAUUUGGUAGUUGAAUAAUUGCGUAUAUUCAAGUAAUAUAUAACAUAGAAUUAUAUACGUUAUAAAAUAUAUAUUAGUUUGCAUGAA